UUCCAGGAAAGGGGCGUGAGGACGAAAGACUGCAAGUCCCGCGAUGCUCUUGGUGGGCAGGUGCCGGAGAUUGAACCGGAAGACGCUUCCCGAGUGUGUGGAGUUCAGUGACUGAUUUUGAGCAACCAAAAGUCCAAUAUGAAACUGUAUUGCCUGUCCGGGCACCCAACCUUACCAUGCAAUGUGCUCAAAUUCAAAUCAACCACGAUUAUGUUGGACUGCGGACUGGACAUGACUUCCACCCUCAAUUUCCUUCCUUUGCCGCUUGUUCAAAGUCCCAGGCUGACUAAUCUUCCUGGCUGGUCCCUGAAGGAUGGCAGUGCUUUCUUGGACAAGGAGCUAAAGGAAUGCUCGGGUCAUGUAUUUGUGGAUUCUGUGCCUGAAUUCUGUUUACCAGAGACUGAGCUAAUAGAUCUGUCUACAGUGGAUGUGAUUCUCAUCUCUAACUAUCACUGCAUGAUGGCGCUGCCCUACAUCACCGAGCACACUGGAUUCACAGGCACAGUGUAUGCCACAGAACCCACUGUGCAGAUUGGCAGGCUUCUCAUGGAAGAACUGGUGAAUUUCAUCGAAAGAGUGCCAAAGGCUCAGUCUGCCUCCUUGUGGAAGAAUAAGGACAUACAGAGGCUGCUACCGUCUCCUCUCAAGGAUGCAGUGGAAGUGUCAACCUGGAGAAGAUGCUAUACGAUGCAAGAGGUGAACUCUGCCCUUAGUAAAAUCCAGCUGGUGGGAUAUUCUCAGAAAAUUGAGCUUUUUGGUGCAGUCCAGGUGACUCCUCUAAGCUCUGGCUAUGCCCUUGGAAGCUCCAACUGGAUUAUCCAGUCUCAUUAUGAGAAAGUAUCUUACGUCUCUGGAUCCUCCUUGCUUACCACACAUCCCCAGCCAAUGGACCAAGCUUCUCUCAAAAACAGUGAUGUUCUCGUUUUGACGGGGCUUACCCAGAUUCCCACUGCAAACCCAGAUGGCAUGGUGGGGGAGUUCUGCAGCAACCUAGCCCUGACAGUCCGGAAUGGAGGAAACGUGUUGGUUCCCUGCUACCCUUCUGGAGUGAUCUAUGACCUCCUGGAAUGCCUGUAUCAGUACAUCGACUCAGCCGGCCUCUCCAGCGUCCCCCUGUACUUCAUCUCCCCCGUGGCUAACAGCUCACUUGAGUUUUCCCAGAUUUUUGCUGAGUGGUAUGUCAGUGUGUUUCUCUAUGAAUUCUGUUUGAUUCAGGAUAUUCAGGCAGUAAGAACAAAAAUAAUCUGUCUUUUUCUCACUCCAGAAGAAGCAAACUGUAAUCGGCUCCUUCAGCCUCUCUGGGAAAGGGUGUGGGUCCGUGUCUGUUGUGCCUGUGAGGAUUCUAGAACAGAGCAUGAAGGAGCCGUUUCUCUGAACUGGCCACAGACACCUUACCUCAUUCAGACCAAUAAGCUGAAACACUACCCCAGUAUCCAUGGAGACUUCAGCAAUGAUUUCCGACAGCCAUGUGUGGUGUUCACUGGGCACCCUUCCCUGCGGUUUGGGGACGUGGUCCACUUCAUGGAGCUCUGGGGAAAAUCUAGUCUCAACACUGUCAUAUUCACAGAACCGGACUUCUCCUACCUGGAGGCACUGGCUCCCUACCAGCCGUUGGCCAUGAAGUGCAUAUACUGCCCCAUCGACACACGGCUGAACUUCAUCCAGGUGUCCAAGCUGCUUAAAGAAGUGCAGCCCCUGCACGUGGUCUGUCCUGAGCAGUACACCCAGCCACCCCCAGCCCAGUCCCACAGGACAGACCUUGUCAUCGACUGCCAGCCCCCAGCCACGUCCUAUCGGCGGGCCGAGGUCCUCACCCUGCCCUUCAAACGUCGGUACGAGAAGAUCGAGAUCAUGCCAGAGCUCGCAGAUUCGCUGGUGCCCAUGGAGAUCAAGCCUGGCAUCUCCUUGGCAACCGUCUCGGCCGUGCUGCACACUAAAGAUAACAAGCACGUUCUUCAGCCCCCUCCCAGGCCCACCCCGCCCCCGAGUGGCAAGAAGAGAAAGCGAGUGAGCGAUGACGUCCCGGACUGCAAGGCUGUGAAGCCUUUGCUGAGCGGCUCCAUCCCCGUGGAGCAGUUCGUGCAGACCCUGGAGAAGCAUGGCUUCAGCGACAUUAAGGUGGAAGACACCGCCAAGGGCCAUAUUGUCCUGCUCCAGGAAGCUGAGACGCUCAUCCAGAUUGAGGAAGAUUCCACCCACAUCAUCUGUGACAACGACGAGAUGCUCAGGGUGCGACUGCGGGACCUUGUGCUCAAGUUCUUACAGAAGUUCUGAGUGGGACCCCUGAGCCAUCCCACCUCCUGGAAAUCCUACAGUCCCUCACUGUGCGUCACAAGCCCCCCGAGGAAGGGACGAGAGGCUGCUGGCCGUGUCUUCACAGUGUCCUCUGGCUUAAGGAAUGAAGAGGUGGCUCUUGAGGGAA